GAGGAGGAACACGAAAGUUGGUGGCGAUCUUUGGUUGACAAAUAUGGUAGCGUGGAAUUGGAGAAUAAGGGGAGUGUUGCUCGCGACCAUUUGGCUUUGGAACGGACAUUUCUCGCCUGGCUACGAACCUCACUGUCUUUCGCGAGUAUCGGUAUCGCAGUCACGCAACUCUUCCGGCUCAACACGUCGAUCGUAUCGGAUGCCGAACAGUCUGGGCAAUCUGCUACCGCGCGUCUUCGGGCAGUGGGAAAGCCGCUUGGUGCUACCUUCCUGGGCAUCUCGAUUCUGAUUCUGCUGCUGGGUUUCCAUCGGUACUUUGAGAGCCAGCAUUAUGUGAUCAGAGGCAAAUUUCCUGCGAGUCGAGGAACGAUUGUUAUCGUCUCUGCUGUUACUACGGCUUUGAUCAUCGCGAGUUUGGUUGUGGUUGUUGCUGUUGCGCCGAGGGCUUUUGAGAGGUGAAUAGGAUGCUAUGGUUAUACGGGUUGUGUGUUGCUGCAGAUGGUCCUGCAAUGUCACGCCAAGGAGCUCACUGCACCUUAAGUGGUCUUGCCUACUACAGCCUCAACACAUUUCACGCCUACAAGCUCACGCAUCCUGGUGUGGAGAAGCAUCGCUGGCUGAAGGCAAUCGGAUUUCAGAGCGCAGCCAACCUCGAUUCUCUCUACGUCACGACCAAUUUGGACGGAAUACUUAAAGCUGCAGCGGUAUAAGUCCAAAAGGACGAAGCGCUGCGGCGAGUCCUGGAUCAAGGACGGAGAACAAGUUGCGGAUCAUCAAGGACCGAUGCAGCGGCAUCGGCUGGACUGUGGGCUCGGAUUCUACUUGAUGAAGGUGCAUUCUGCACGUCAACCAUCAGCACAACGAAAAUCAUCCCGAAAUCGAUGAGGAUGAAGCUCCACCGAAGAAGAAAACCAGGCCAGCGCCAAAAUUUCGGACAAGGACAACAAAGUCAGCUCAAGUUCUGCACAACGCAAUCCUGCUCGCUCUUCGAAUUUGGUUUGCUCGACUCUGCAUUGUGGAUGGCUCAGAUCCGGGACAGCAGUCUGCGCGAGCUUUUGCGACAUGAUGGCUGUUCUACUGAAAUCAACCUGCGACUCGAGGUCGGCUUGCGAGGGCUGAUACGAUACUGAGCUUUUUGCAACAAUUCGAAAGCUCUCUCAUUGCUUGCUUUGCAAACUCAUCGACAAGACCUUCAAUGGACUUAUCAGAAGAAUCGACCAAAGCGUUGGUUCAUAUCGCAAUAGUCAGAGGCAAUUGCUUGAUUCGUCUACAUAGGUACUCUUCUGUGCAUCGGCUUC